AUGUUGAUGAAGACCGCCGUCACGGCCCUUCUGGGUCUGACUUUGGCUGCCGAAGCAGCCUCGAUCCACCAGCACAGAUCGCCCGUUCAGCUGGAGCAACGACAGAACAGGGGUGGGAACCGGUUUGGUGGUGGCUUUGGCGGUGGCUUUGGCCAGGGCAACAACGCCGGUAACAACGCGGGCAACAACGGGGGAAACCAAGGCAACAACAACAACAACAACAACAACAACAACAACAACAACAACAACGGCGGGAACAACAACAAUAACAACAACGGCGCCAGCCAGACCUGCCUGGCCGCGAAUGCCCUCCAGACCGGCUCGCAGUCUACCGGCCAGAGCGGUGGAGCUCCUGCCGACGGUCAAGUGAACUCGGCAACUGACAAUGCCAACUUCAUCAACUUCUGCGCGGGGCAAACCCUGACCAACGGCUUGCAGAACCGCGACGGGUCGUGCAACGGCAUUCCGAUGGGCAAGAUUCCGGCCUUCAAUAAGAUGGUUUCCACAGUGAUCUUGAACCCCAAGAACAAUGACAACAUUCAACCACUCACGACGUUCCAAAUCCAAGUCCAGAUUGCCAACAUGAAGCUCGGAUCCUUCACCAACGCCACGAGCACGUACUAUUCAGCGCCGCAGGAUCUUGCCGCCGACGGUACAGUCAUUGGCCACACUCAUGUUACAGUCCAGGAUACUGGCAAUACGUUGAACCCUACCCGACCUCUGGAUGCCACCCAAUUCGCAUUCUUCAAGGGCAUCAACGACGCCGGAAACGGCCAGGGUCUCCUCAGCACCGAGGUGACUGGAGGUCUGCCGGCGGGCUGCUACCGUAUCUGCACCAUGUCCGGCGCGUCCAACCACCAGCCGGUGCUCAUGCCUGUUGCCCAGCGUGGCGCGCAAGAGGACUGCCGCUACUUCAGCGUUGGUGGUGCCUGCGGGAACGGGGGCAACGGAGGCAAUGGGGGCAACGGAGGCAAUGGGGGCAACGGAGGCAACGGCAACAAUGGUGGCAACAACAACAACAACAACAAUAAUAAUAAUGCCGGAGGCAACAACGGCAACAACAGGGGCAACAAUGCUGGCAACAACGGCGGUAACAACGGCGGUAACAAUGCAGGCAACAACGGCGGCCGCAACAACGCUGGGAAUAACAACAACCAGGGCCGUGGUGGUGGAAGGAACAAUGGUAACAAUGGCCAAAACAACGCCGCUGCCAACGGCGGUGCUGGUGCUGGUGGUGCCGCUGGCGCCAUCGGCGGUAUUGCCGCACCUGCGGUCCAGAACACCGGCAACGGCGCUCGCCCCUUCUCCGUUAACGGCAACACCUUCGCCAACAAGGCCGCUGCCGUUCAGCGCGCAUGUGCUAUUCAAAACAACGCCUGCGCAGACGCCGUCAACUCGGGCAAGGUCCAGGGCAAGACGGUGGGCGACUGCAACACACAAGAAGCCGCAUGCCGGGCUGCUGGGGGUGCUUAG